CAGGACAGUGUCAGUCAGCCCUCACACAGCAGGCCUAUUGUUGAAGUGUCAUCGUUGCAGAGCUGACGUCAUGUUCUGUGCGAGGAGGGAAGAGGAUCAAGAGGAUCAGGCACGGGUCAUUAGAUCACGGGACUGAGUAAACAACAGCACCACAACAAAAUCAAAAUGAACUCUGCUGUUGCUUUGCUCACUGUCUUUGGUCUGUGUGUGCGUCUCUCCCUCACAGUACAAGUGGGUCUGAGUAACAAAGUCCUGGUGUUCCCGUAUGAGACGGACUUCAGCUUCGUGGCCCUGGUCCCACAGAAGGAGCUGGAGCUGCGGGCCUUCACGCUCUGCAUGCGCGUGGCCACCGAGCUGCCAGAGGAGCGGCAGAUCAUCCUGUUUGCCUAUCGUACAGCCGACUACGAUGAACUCAACGUGUGGCGAGAGAAGGACGGGCGCGUCUCCUUUUACCUGAGGGGUGACGGCGUUUUCUUUCACCUGCCUCCGCUCACCACCUUCCGCACCAGCCUUUGCCUGACCUGGGACUCUCACACCGGCCUUUCUGCUUUCUGGGUAGAAGGGAAGCGAAGUACUUACCAAGUCUACAAACCUGGGCACACCAUCCGUCCCAAAGGUUCCAUCCUCUUGGGCCAGGACCCGGACAAGCAUCUGGGGGAUCUAGAGGCCAUUCAGAGCUUUGUAGGGGAGAUGACUGACCUGAAUAUGUGGGACUUUGUGCUGUCUAAGAGUGCAAUCCAUGCCUGGAACAAUGGUCACCAGGUGCCCAAAGGAAACAUAUUUGACUGGGCCACUAUUGAGUAUGAGCUGCAUGGGAAUGUGAUGGUGGUGGAUGACGACUGACUUCCAGCAGAGAGGGAUGAGGCUUCACACACGUGUGUGUGAUCGCUUUUCUCGUAUUGAGUGUUUGAUGAUGUUAGUGUCCGUAAACUCAAUGUUAUUAGUGUUUGAUGAUGUUAGUGUCCAUAAACUCAAUGUUAUUAGAUACUAUAUACUAUAUUAGACUCUAACCUAGGGGUGUCAAACUCAUUU